GAAGUAGCAGCAGUAGCUAGCAGAAAAGCAAGCCGGGCUGAGGCAUUCAACUGAGCCCGCUCGAGCUGCCCAGGACAGGCGGGCGCAGGCAAGGCAGGAGCACCGGGGGCCGUGGACCGUCGCGCCUUCCACCACCUCCCCCCUCCCCCCAGCACGCCCGCCCCGUCCCCUCCCCUCCACCCAGCUCCGCUCUCAGCCAACGCCUCUUGCAGUGCGGCGGCGGCGGCGGCGGCGACGCCCGGGAGCUGCCCUUUCCUCUUCGGUGAAGUUUGUGCAAAGCGUCGGAGACCUCGGAGGAAGCGAGCAAAGUGCUGAGGAGAGAGGAUCGGAGGCAGGCUUGGUGCUCCUCCUGCCCCCCACCCCCACCUCCAGCUGCCACCUCCUCCUCCCCGCCGCGAGCGCCCCGUCACCUCUGCCAGCGGCCGCCCCCAGCCCGAGUUUGCAGAGAGGUAACUCCCUUUGGCUGCGAGCGAGGAGCGAGGGAAGGAAAGAAAGAAGGAAAUAAGGAAGGAAGGAAAGAAAAAGAAAGAAAGAAAGAAAGAAAGAAAGAAAGAAAGAAAGAAAGAAAGAAAGAAAGAAAGAAAGAAAGGAAGGAAGGAAGGAAGGAAGGAAGGAAGGAAGGAAGGAAGGAAGGAAGGAAGGAAGGAAGGAAGGAAGGAAGGAAAGAAGGAAGGAAAGAAGGAAAGAAGGAGGCAGAGAGCGAGCGCGCCGGGCAAGAGAGCUGAACGCAGGCAGCGCAGUCCGAGCCGGAGCCGGAGCCGGAGCCGUGCGCCUGGCCACCGUGAGCCCAACCAGGGGACCCAGCCCCGGACCUGGCUAGCCAGCCAGCCUGCCGGCCGGCGCAGAACAAGCCCCCUCCUUCUUAGCACCCCUCCCCCUGCUCCCCCUUCCCCCCCCCCGCGUCCCCUGGCCUCGCCUCGCCUCCUCCCCGCCUCGCCUCCUCCCUCUGCCCCUUCACCCCGGGAGCUCGAGGCCAGAGAUCAAAAGAUGAGCCAGCAGUCGCGGCUCGCCCCAGUAGUGUAGAGAGCCAGCUCUCGCUGGCACCUGCUUCCGUGGGCUUAGAUUUUGCCAGGCGCCUGGGGGCCUUGAGGCUUUUUUUUUGGGGGGGGGGUGGCUUGUGUGUGCAGGGGAGGGGGCGUGUUUUUGUUUUGUUUCUGCAAUAACUGAGCAUCUCUUGCAUACAACCGAGUGCCCAGGGACUGUCAGCUGACGAGGGCAGACUCCGGAGUCCCCCGCGUGCGCCCGGGGGGAAGAACCUCACAGACACACACAGACACAGACACACACGCACACUCACUCACACACACACUCACACACUCACACACACACAGCUAUUUCUGGCCACCGCGCGGGCUCCGCACCAGACUUUGUCUGGCUCGUGCAUGGUGGUUUCUGCAAGUUUCCUCCCCUGGAGCUUCCCGCAGGUGGGCAGUAGCCGCAGCCGCCGCAGAGGCGCCCGCUGAACUCUGCGAUCCGAGCCAGCCCCAGGGCGGUCGGCUGGGCCGGGGGCAGGGCCGGCCGAAGGAGCCCCGGAGCAGCCGAGGCCAUGGAGGUGCAGCUGGGCUUGGGGAGGGUCUAUCCCCGGCCGCCGGCCAAAACCUUUCGGGGAGCGUUCCAGAACCUGUUCCAGAGCGUGCGCGAAGUGAUCCAGAACCCGGGCGCCCGGCACCCCGGUGCCGCCUCGGGCGCAGCACCCCCCGGCGCCCGUCUGCAGCAGCAGCAGCACCAGCACCAGCACCAGCAGCAGCAGCAGGCGCCCCAACAGUCUCAGCAGCAGCAAAGCAGCCCCCGGCAGCCGCAGGCACCGGCGCAGCAGCAGGCGCCCGACGAUGGUUCGCCCCCGGCCCCGAGCCGAGGCCCCGGCGGCUACCUGGCUCUGGAGGAGGACUCUCAGCCCCAGCCUUCCCAGGCACCGCCUUCGGCCGAGGGCCGCCCGGAGAACGGCUGUGUCCCGGAGCCCGGACCGGGCUCCGCCGCCGGCAAGGGGCUGCAGCAGCCGGUGGCGGCGGACGACGAUGACUCAGCUGCCCCGUCCACGCUGUCCCUGCUGGGCCCCGGCUUCCCGGGCUUGAGCGGCUGCUCCACCGACCUGAAGGACAUCCUGACGGAAGCCGGGACCAUGCAGCUCCUGCAGCAGCAGCAACAGCAGCAGCAGCAACAGCAGCAGCAGCAGCAGGAAGCCGCGGCGGCGGCGGCGGCAGCUGAUGGAGGCGGCGGCCGGGCGCGGGAAGGAGCCGGGGGCUCCGCCUCCUCCAAAGACAACUACCUGGGGGGCACCUCGGCCAUCUCGGACAGCGCCAAGGAGCUGUGUAAGGCCGUGUCGGUGUCCAUGGGCUUGGGCGUGGAGACGCUCGAGCACCUGAGCCCCAGCGAGCAGCUGCGCGGGGACUGCAUGUACGCCCAGCUGCUGGGGGGCCCGGCGGCGUCGCGGCCCGCGCCCCCCUGCGCCCCCCUGGCCGACUGCAAGGGCCCGCUGCUGGACGACGGCUCGGCCAAGGGCGCGGAGGAAGCCGCCGACUACCCCGCUUUCAAGGGCGGCUACGCCAAGGCGCUGGACGGCGAGAGCCUGGGCUGCUGCGGGGGCAGCGGCGGGGCCGGCGCGGGCGGCGGCGCGGAGGCUGCGGGCGCCGGGCCGCUCGAGAUGCCGUCCGCCCUGGCCCUCUACAAAGCCGGCCCCCUCGACGAGGCCGGCGCCUACCAGAGCCGCGACUACUACAACUUCCAGCUGGCGCUGGCCGGGCCCCCGCCGCCGCCCGCCCCGCCGGGCCCGCCGGCCCCGCACCACCCGCACGCCCGCAUCAAGCUGGAGAACCCGCUGGACUACGGCAGCGCCUGGGCCGCGGCCGCCGCGCAGUGCCGCUACGGGGACCUGGCCGGCCUGGCCCACGGUGGGGGCGCCGCGGCGGCCGCAGCGGCCGCGGCUGCGGCUGCCGCCGCCGCUGGCCCGGGCUCCGGCUCGCCGUCCGCCGCGGCCGCCGCCGCCGCCGCCGCCGCAGCCGCCGCCGCUUCGUCGUCGUCCUCGUCGUCGUCGUCGUCCUCGUCCUGGCACACACUCUUCGCCUCGGAGGAGAGCCAGCUGUACGGGCCGUGCGGCGGCGCCGCCGCCGCCGCCGCGGGCGAGGCGCCCCCCGUGCCCCCCUACGGCUACCGGGCGGCUCAGGGGCUGGCGGGCCAGGAGGCCGACUUCCCUCCUGCCGAGGUGUGGUACCCCGGCGGCGUGGUGAGCAGGGUGCCCUACCCGGGCCCGGGCUGUGUCAAGAGCGAGCUGGGUCCUUGGAUGGAGGGCUACUCGGGGGCCUACGGAGACAUGCGAUUGGAUGCUGCCAGGGACCACGUGUUGCCCAUCGACUACUACUUUCCGCCACAAAAGACCUGCCUGAUCUGUGGCGAUGAAGCUUCAGGCUGUCACUAUGGAGCACUCACCUGCGGCAGCUGCAAAGUCUUCUUCAAGCGAGCAGCAGAAGGGAAACAAAAGUACCUGUGUGCCAGCAGGAAUGAUUGCACCAUCGAUAAAUUCAGAAGGAAAAAUUGCCCAUCAUGCCGGCUCCGAAAAUGCUAUGAAGCAGGGAUGACCCUUGGAGCCCGAAAGCUGAAGAAACUGGGCAACUUAAAGCUGCAGGAGGAAGGUGAGGCCUCCAGCUCCACCAGCCCCAAUGAGGAUCAGGGACAGAAGCUCACCGUUACCCACAUUGAAGGCUAUGAGUGCCAGCCCAUUUUCCUGAAUGUCCUGGAGGCCAUCGAGCCAGGAGUGGUGUGCGCUGGGCAUGACAACAACCAGCCCGACUCCUUCGCUGCUCUGCUCUCUAGCCUGAACGAGCUGGGUGAGAGGCAGCUGGUGCACGUGGUCAAAUGGGCCAAGGCCCUACCUGGUUUUCGGAACCUUCAUGUGGAUGACCAAAUGGCUGUUAUUCAGUACUCCUGGAUGGGACUUAUGGUCUUCGCCAUGGGCUGGAGAUCUUUCACCAACGUCAAUUCCAGGAUGCUCUACUUUGCUCCUGACUUGGUGUUCAAUGAAUACCGCAUGCACAAGUCAAGAAUGUAUAGCCAGUGUGUCCGGAUGAGACAUCUCUCCCAGGAGUUUGGCUGGCUCCAGAUCACACCACAGGAAUUUCUGUGCAUGAAGGCCCUGCUGCUCUUCAGUAUUAUUCCAGUGGAUGGGCUGAAGAACCAGAAAUUUUUUGACGAACUUCGCAUGAACUACAUCAAAGAGCUUGAUCGGAUAAUUGCCUGCAAGAGAAAAAACCCAACCUCUUGCUCACGGCGCUUUUACCAGCUCACCAAACUCCUGGAUUCCGUGCAGCCUAUUGCCAGAGAGCUGCACCAGUUCACCUUCGACCUGCUAAUCAAGUCACACAUGGUGAGUGUGGACUUUCCCGAGAUGAUGGCCGAGAUUAUCUCCGUACAAGUGCCCAAGAUCCUUUCCGGAAAAGUCAAGCCCAUCUACUUCCACACACAGUGAUGCUUUGCAAGCCCCUUCUUCCUUCUCCCUUUUCUGCCGUCUUCUGCCUGUUGUAAUUCUGCACUACUGUUCUGCAGUGCCUUGGGGAAUUCCCUCUAUUGAUGUACAGUGUGUCCUGGAUAUAGUCCUAACUCCUUACUACCUUCUAAGCUUCUCUUCCCUUCUGCCCUGUCCUCCCUCACUGCCAUACUCUCUUCCACAGCCUCCUUUUUGCCUCACUUCCUCUAACUCCCCACCUACCUUAGCACCUUCUGACUCUGCUUAGUCUGAAUGGUAGGAUAUGUCUUUAAAUAUGUGCCACUAGUCCUGUGGCCAUGCCCAGGCCAGCUGUGUCUUUCUGAUGGCCACAUGGCCAUUUUCUUCACCUAACACCAUGAUAUAUCUUGGGUAUUUAAAGGGAUGGGGAAAAACACCUCACUGCAGUUCCCCUCCCUUAAAAGACAAACACACAGACAGCUGCACACAAACCAACAACCCCAAGGACUUCCCAGGGGAUAUGUGUGUGUGCCAACAUUUCUUACCUGGAGGGUGCACUCUGCCACCAGUGGCCUUCAGGAGCUUGAUUCCCCUAGUGAGGGAGCCACGUCCCCUUCACACACUUGCAUGUGUGCAGACCCAUGCAUCCAGUUUGGGCCUUUGGAUGAUCAGAAAGUCCCACUGCAGUGCACUCAAUGGUACUGAAUCUGCUUUUUGUCCGAAACUUUGCUCUGCUAUCUUGUCUGCUCUGUGCGUGUGCAGUGCGCUCCCCAAGCCCUCUCUGCACCCCCGCCCUCAUCUCCCCUUUCCUCACUGUCCCAGCCCUCAGGAGAGGAGACCAUUCCACAUUGGCUUUCAGCAGCUACUGAGAGCUUUGGACAUUCCCUCAUGCCAAGACUCUGGCCUGAGCAGGCAUGGAAGAGGUUGAAGCGAGGUUAGCCCAGUGGGAACCUCUCUGUUCUCUAGCUCUGCCUUGCCUUGGGUGGCCCAAGACCAAACUAUUGGCUGUCCCUGGGGAUGAGAAAUGGAGCCAGCCACCUUCUGGUCCUGGGGUAAGCAUAGGUGCCCCUGGGCAUCCCCCCUGCUGAAGGCUUAUGCCCAUCCUUGUUCUCCUACCUCCUCCACAGACCCGACAAAGUUCUCCACCUCACCAAGGCCCCAGGACCCCUGCUCCCUUUCUUUCUCUUCUGUGUCUGGUCACUAGGUUCCACUUUGCUUAUGGGAUGUGACUUACUCCCUACCCUAGCGUCUUUACCCAGACUCUCUGAUGAGAGUUACAACCAAGAAGGCCAGCAGGCUUUGAGUGCUCUGCCUGCCCUGAGGCCUAGGGGCUCCCGACAAUGGCUGAUUGGCACCAACAGUCUCAGAUCUGGAGCACUUUUUGAUAAACUGGGAAGACUUAGGGUCGCUAGCCAAGCGACUGAGCCUGGCCAUCAGCAGGCAAUGUGGACUCCUUACCAGGCUCCGUACUGAACAAAGACAGGUAGGCUGGUGAACAAGAGAAGAUCCCAUUGUCCAGCUCCUGUAGAGGGCUUUGGGAGCUGCAGUAAAUACUCCCUGCCACUUUGGAACAAAGUCAGUGGCCAGGGCCCAAUUGGAGAACAAAAAGUGGAUAUGCCAGGACCAACAAUACUGGUAGAAACUGUGGCAGAUGGCAGUGAAUAUCCCACACAUGCCCUCUUCAGCCCAGAUCAUCACUCACAGUCUGCAGCAAAAAAGGACACACCAAGAGGAGGCUGGUCUUCAGGAUGAGCUGAGCAUGGUGAGGGCAAAAGCCAGGAGGGACAAUACUCUGGCACAAGACUCACUGCCUGCAGACUCUCCUCUGCUGCUUAUGCCUGGCCCUGGUACCAGCCACUAGCCAAGAGGAUUGGGACAUACUCUCUAUUUCAUUCUGCUCAUCUAGGGGUUGCUGGAACCAUUAAGGCUUCCUGUGAAACCAGUGCCUCUUUCAAAAAGGGGGUCUUUGCAGCCACUUUUGCAGUCGGGGCUCCCAGCUGGGAUGGUGCCCUUCAGAGGACCCCCCCACCACCGCCAUUCUGAUGACUUUUGUGUAUUCCUCAGCCCUGUACCCUGCAAAGCCUUAUUGCUAUAGGGGACCUUUGCCCAUCUCCCCUUCUGAGCCUCUGUUGCUUUCUCCACCUGUCAAGUUCAAGAUGUGGGAACCAUCUACCUGCCAGCCUUGGCUGACCUAUUACAUUUGUGGAGAAUAUGGCUCCAGAAACCUCAAACCAGCAAAGGUGUUCUUUCCUGAUUUCUGAAGUUUUGUCUGUAGCCUAUUAAACUCAAGAAUGGCUUCUUGAAAUAUGGAGAGGGAAGGGAGCCUGACAUUAGUUCUGCUACUCUAGCAAGUCCAGCUGGGAAAAUGUAAGCUGAUGGGUUCCCUUUCUGUGGCAGAUCCCAGUUUUCUUUCUCACAGUAACAUCUGGUUUAUGUAAACUCACAGCAUCAUGUUUAGCUGUUUUUAAUAGAAAACAACCCCCAAAAAAAAUUCAAAAAAAAAACAAAAAAAAAAAACCAAAAAGAAUAAUCUACUGCUCUUUUCAGUUAAGCUAGGUUACAUUUUAAUAGUUUCCUUUACAUCUGUUUCCAAAAGGAUGUUCAUCUUUUGGCUUUAUUUUGUUCCUUGUAAAUACUAGAGACACUCUUCAUUUCUGAGCUUUUUCAUCUUUGUGGAUUUCCUGAUUAAAUCUUGUCUAUGUGAACAUAUACAUAUACAUAUAUAUACACACACAUAUCUAUAUCUAUAUCUAUAUAUCUAUAUCUAUCAUUUUUAAAGCCAAAACUACAAGAAAUAGCAGUAUAAUUAACAAGCAGCUACAACUGGAUGACUGAGAAAUGACACCAAGUCCAGUUUGAGGAAAGCCGUGCACACUGAAAUCCAUUUCCUUGAACUUUGGUUUGUUAAUAAAGAACUCCCAAAGCUGCAGGGAAAGUAUGGUUUGGCUUCUCCCCUUUCCCACCCUCUCCUCCUUCCCCCUUAGGGGGAUGGUUUCGGUUUGGGGGGGGGGAUGUUUUUGUUUUUGUUUUUUUGGUCAUUGUUGGAAUUGUGACAAUUGUCUUUGGGAACGAAGGCUUUCGUUUUGCAUGUGCUCGACAUGAAACAAAGAGUUGAGAGCUGACAUGCUCACUAAGGGCCGAGGCCCAUUCCAGGUGUCAAGGGGCAGGUCACCAGGAGGCCAGCCUCACCCUCCUCUAUGGCAUUGCCCUGCCAAGCAGAGACACCCCCCCCCAAGAGUGAGGCAGGGGGUGCAAAAGGAGGGCCAAAGAAGAAGGGACUGACAACUGGUGUCCCCUAUAGCUGUGCAUUUUGGCCAGUGUGGCAAACUCAGUGUUGAGCAAGACAGAUCUUCUUUCCUGUCUCAGCCAUUGUCUGCAUGGUGCCCAAGCAUGGGGCUGGGCGAGCCUAUGAUUUGGGGCAGGGCUCGGCUUUUUGACUUGCAGGCUUUUCUAUGCUCUCCAGGAGGCAUCGACACUUGGAUUAGCUCAAUUGUUUUUUUCCUUCUUUCUUUUUGAAUUACAUUACUCUGAGAAAAGAAGUUUUGAAGGAUCCUAUCAUGUAUCAGCAAGGCAUAUAUCUUUUCUAUAUGUUCACUGGGAUUCUAAAAAGAAUAGAAAAAAAAUCUCCAACUUGCCCAUUGGGCAGUUGCUGAGGUAACUGUCAGGCUUGAGAAACACCAUUGCGCUGUUGCCACCCUAGCCCUCCCUCUGCCCAUCCAGCCACACAGAGAGGCACACAGACCGCCAGACAGAGUCUUCUGGGCCCACAUGGACAUGACAUGAUUCCAGUGGCCUUAUUUUGAGUUGGUCCUGUGAGCAGCCCACAGACAUAGCCUCCUAAUUCUGCUCGAGGUCCUGGUUCCCUCCUACCAUAUUCGCCCAGACCGCCGCCCUCUGUUGUCACCAUCUGAGUUCCUAGUUAUCCUCUCCAGCUGUUUCCCUCUCCCUCUGUCUUUCCUCUCCUUGCCUUUGUUCUUUCCCUCCCUCUUGCCCUCUCCCUUUCUCCCCUCCUCUCCCAUCUCCCUUCCUCUUUCUGCUUUCCCCUGCACCCUGCCACCCUACCCUCAUCACCCACAUGACCCAGCACCCUACACUCCCACUCCAGAAGAUAGGCUCAUGUCCUCCAUGCCAUGGGCCCCCUCUAGGUGAUAGGACCAUUGGCCCUAUUGGGCUCCCACCCAGCCCUGUCCCAUUGCCUGAGGGGAGAGGGGUGCACAGGAGUGUUCAAGCACAGUCUGAGAGUCCGAAGCUGGGCAUCCCCCAUAAUCAUGGUGACCGUGUGGUUUCUUGUGAAAGGAAGUCAGCCUUUUACAGGCAGCUAGACUGUUACAAUUGAUCUCUUCAAAGGUAGUUUCAAGCAAGAGAGCAAGAAAGAUGCAUGCACCAUUCUAUGUAACCAAAGACAACAAAUGUAUUUGCUAAGAUACCAAAAUUGUUAAGAGGAGGGAGGGAGGGGGAGAGAGAGAGAGAGAUUGAGAUUGAGAUUGAGAUUGAGAGAGAGAGAGAGAGAGAGAGAGAGAGAGAGAGAGAGAGAGAGAGAGAGAAGAGUGGUAAGGUAGCCAAAGUCAAAAGGACUUGGCUGAUGACUCAUUUACAAGAUCUUUUUUUUCUUUCACAAUUUACACAUGUAGAGAAGUUGAAUAUAAUUUGGAGGGGGAAAAACUGGGUUUCUGGGUCCUUUGAUGCGUGAUUUUAAAGAAAUAGCAGAAUUAGCUUUUGUUUUUUUUCAGUAGCCGCUGAGCAAAUCCCCAAAGCUCUAUCAUUGCAUGUUUGGAGAUGGAGCUGGGUUUGGCUUUUGCAUCUGCUAACAUCAGUGUCUAGCGUAGAUAAAGAUGUGAAGCCCUGCUGAGAAAAGGGUGCAUUGAAGAGGCCAAGAUUUGCACUAGAAAGAAGACAGCAGGCAGAAUCGCCCAUUUCUGCCCCCAAGAUGGUGCACCAAAUUCUCUGCAGUUUGCCGCAGAGGGUUGAAAUAUAUUGUAAAUGAGUGUUUGUAUCCAUGUUUCAAAAUCGAAUUUUAUAUAUAGAUAUAAUGUGUUCUGCUCCUUUGGUCUUUUGCUUUGCCUUCACGUUUGGUUCCAGGUAAUAUCUGAUGCUGCAUACCAGCAAGAGGCCUUGGCCUUGGUUCGGAGGCCCUCUCCCAGUUGGCAGGAUGCUUGAGGCAGUUGAGCUUGGCCCAGAGGUUCAGGGAAGACAGUGGAGGAGGGAGGGAGGGAGGAAGGGGAAGAGAGUUGUCACCACACCUAGUUGACCCAUGCAUGUGGAACAGGUGUCGUGUAGACUCACUGAAACCUCAGGGAGAUUUGUUGGGGAUAUGAAAAAAGAAGAUGGAUAAGGGGAGGGUGGGUCUUACCUGAAUCACAGGCCAGCUCUGGCCCCAGCCUCUGUUGAAGUGGGGAGUGGGUGAGGGGAGGGGUCAAGAAGAAGGAAAGGGAACACUACCAGUCCAGUGGAGUGCAGGAGUCGCCAUCUUGUGAACAGUGAACUCAAACGCUGUCAAGUUGCGCUUGCUAUAUAUUGGGUGUCUUGUGCUUUUAAUCCUGGUUUUGGAGACUUUCUGUAAAGAUUAUGGCAAAUGAAAUUGUGUUUUCUCUGUUAACCUGUCUGUAAUAAUGCUUCAUUUCCAUAGGUGGGAGGACCUCCUCUGCCUAUAGGAAUUUUCACUUGUAUUAAUUCUUGCUGGGGCCUGUUGCCCAGAGUCUCUCAACCCACCACCAUUUCUGAAGGAAGGCAGAACAAUUCCCCAUUAGUCAGUCAUUUGUCUCAAAGACCUUGUUCUAGUCAUGAGAGCAACAAAACAGUCAGGAUCCCCCCAGAGGGAAAUGGUGGGAGACUUCGUUUACUAGGCAGAUUUUCAAAUAGAACAAUGUGGUUUGUUUUCAUUGGAUAUUUUUCCCCCUCACACCAUUGGAUUAAAAGAAUAAACAAAUUAUCAUGCAUUGGUUGGUGCCCAGUUCAGGGGGGAGGCCAGCUCCAGCCUGGCUUGUCCCUGCAUUUGGUAUUCAUGUAGCCCACCAAAGGUUGGAAUACCCUACCCCACCCACCAAAAAAGAAAAAAACAAGAAACCUUUUCUGGAGACAGAGGAAUAACUAAGAGUAAACCUCUGGACCCCCAAACUGACUUCUAUUCCUACCCUCAGGGCCCUUCAAAAAAACCCUAACCCUGAGUAUCAACUGCCCUGCAGAGAAGUGCCCCUGGGGCCUUCCUGUCCCAUAAUCCACCUGGGCUCCCCAAAGCUUGAUUUGGGUAUGACCAUUUGGAACCCUCCUGCCAACCCCUAGAAUGGAACUUUGGCUUUGAAUUUGAUUGGGGGGAGGGGAGGGAAGGGGGAGGGGAAUAAUCUACUGAAUUAAGAAUUUCUCUUGUUUAAAAAAGAAACUUCAAAAAUGUGGGAGUGGGGGUGGGGAAGAGAAUAGAAAUGGAUUGAUUUUGCUUUGAAACUUCUUUCGGUGGGGCCUCAGUUCUCACAAAGCCUCCCCUGGGCCUCUCCAGGCAGUAGGGUCAGUCCCCAGCUCUCUAGCGUUUCUUUUGUAAUCUUGGAAUAUUUUGUUGCUCUGAAUACAAUAAAACAAAUUAAAAAUAAAA